AGGAAGAAGAAGAAGUGAGGGAGAGUGUGUAGAAAGUCUCCAGAGUUUCACAUUUUAAAGUGUUCACUUCCUGUGAGUAUGUCCUGUGGUACAGUGUGUGUUUAGUGUGUGUUUGUGUGAUAACGGGCCGUGAACAUUUCCUUUUACUGCUUAGACGAUAAAUACGGAAAUGAAAUGAAAAUACGUAAGUACCACCGUUUGUUUCGCUUUUUACAUUUUAAACUAAAACAGGAAAACGUAAAUGUCCUUUUCCCGUGUUCAGAUUCAGAAGGUCUGUGAGGCAAACAUCUACCAGCGUAACAUUCGGAGGAAUUAAAGGAUAUAAAGACACAAUCCAGCAGUGGGGGGGGGCACCGUCAUUUUGUGUUGAACGCGCUCUCGCUGCUGGGCUCGUGCACGUGAGCUACGACGUGCGCAGAGAGCAGUUGAAAUGCCCAGAGGCCCUUUCUCAACGUGUUCUGUUGACAGGUUCCUGACUCCGUUUGAGCUGCACGGCGAAGUAACGACUCAAAGGGACGUUGGUCUCUUCAGCCACAGAGUGAACGUCCCCCUUAUAAGCUGCCUCAAAGCAUGACUCCGCCACCUCUUUGUUGACGCCUCAGCCUUGUUGGGACAUGGUGGACAUUCACCAACCAUCCACUACUCCGUCCAUCAGGAGCAUCAAGGGUUGCACGGCACUCGUCCGUCAACAACAAACAGUUUGAAAGUAAGUCUUCAUUUAGUCCUGAGCCCACUGCAAACUUUUUUGCUUGUGAUCCUGUCACAUGCAGAGUCAGAUCAUAGUUAUCAAGGAUACCACGUAGUUCUAUGGACCCUCUGUCCUGGGGACAUUACAUGCUCUAGACAACAGUUCACUAACUCAUCAAAGAAGGUUGCCCAGUCUGUAAAUGUUCAGGAAUAAAGCUUGUGUGGAAGUGAGAGCCAAAUAUUCAAAUGAAGGGAAAUGAAUGUUGUCUCGAGUAAUAAAGCAUCCGAAUGGGAGUUGGAACCUUCUUUAUUUGCGACCACAGUUUAACACAACAAAUCCAUGAGCCGAGUUUCUGACCCACUCCUACUACGGUAACACCUUAGGGUCAAACAGUACAGCUAUCUACAAUGACCAAAGGCCCUCUGCUUGCAUUUAACAGAAUCUUUAAAUAAAAUAGCAACUCCACCCACUUUGUGCUCUGGUUUCGCUCAUGAAACUGAAGUUUGCUGAUUCAAUAAGAACAGUUGCAUUGUUUUCUUGGUAUAACAAGGUUUCAAGUCCAGAUUGUGUCUAAAUAUAUAAAAUAAUUGAUUUAAAAAGGUUUUAGGAGAGAAAGUGGGCAGAGGGGUGAGUUCAGUUCCAACAGUUCUUUCAUGUAGUCAGUGAACUCCAUGCAGGGGGUGGGGGGAAAGGGAUGGGAAGGGGACCUGGAUGGAGUUUGAAGGGUGGGACUGGGAAGUAAGGACACGUCCUCUUGGAGUGGUGGAGGAAGCGGGUCGUCGGAGGUGGUCCCUGAUGAUGAUUUUGGAGGCUCCUCCCCUUGGUUCUCCUUAGACAAGGAGUCGUUCCCAUACGAUCUCUGCGGUGGAGCUGUGUGGUCGUCUCUUGUUUGGAUUCCUUUUGUCUCUCGUCCCUGGAAAUGGGAACAGACAGGUGGGAAAAAAAGUUAGAGGUAAACAAUCUUAACUUCGGUCUUCACUCAGACACAAACAUUGGUCUCCUGGGUGACACAUUGUGUCUUUUGAUCCAACUUGAUGUACUUAUACUUCACAAUUGUUUUGAUUAUGAAUUGAUUUGUUUGAUAAAUGCAAAUAACACAGCAUUACUGUUGUUGCAGGUGAAGCUGUGAACAACCUUCACACUUCCCCAAUAUUCACAGAUUCAUCCAACUUGUGUCCACCAAGAGGACGCUGACUUCAUCAGAGGUGCUUUAGAAAGAGGGAGAAGAAUUCUAUUUUAUUGUGAAACAAAACCAAUGAACCGAUGGAGAAAGUCAAGAAGGAAAUCCUGAGCAUUUUAAAGGAGCUCAAGGAGGAGGACUACAAAGAGUUCAAGUGGUACCUGGAGAACCAUCCAAGCCCAGAAGACCCCCGAUCAAUCCCACCCUGUGGCCUGCAGAACGCAGACAGGAUGGACACAGUGGACCUGAUCGUACGAUGCUACGACACAGACUCGGUUCAAGUGACCAUGAAGGUUUUGGAAGAGAUGAAAAUGAACGAUCUGGCCGAAAAAUUAUCCAAAAUGAACCUUAACCCAACAGGCGAAACGAAUCCUGCAGGAGGAGAUAGAGGUCAAGAGAUUUUCACCAACUGUCAACGUGAACUCAAAUCCAACCUGAAGAAGAGGUUCCAGUCUGUGUUUGAGGGCAUCGCUAAAGCAGGAAACUCAACCCUUCUAAAUAAGAUCUACACAGAGCUCUACAUCACAAAGGGAGGGACUGCAGAGGUCAAUCAAGAACAUGAGGUCAGACAGAUUGAAAAAGCAUUCUGGAAACCAGCCAGACCAGAAACAACCAUCAGACAAGAAGACCUCUUCAAAGCCUCAGAUGGAGGAGAGGAACCAAUCAGAACAGUGAUGACUAAGGGAGUGGCUGGCAUUGGGAAAACAGUCUUAACACAGAAGUUUACUCUGGACUGGGCUGAGGACAAAGACCACCAGGACAUACAGUUCACAUUUCCAUUCACCUUCAGAGAGCUGAAUGUGCUGAGAGAGAAGUUCAGCUUGGUGGGACUUGUUCAUCACUUCUUCAGUGAAACCAGAGCUGCAGGAAUCUGCAGGUUUGAAGAGUUCCAGGUUGUGUUCAUCUUUGACGGUCUGGAUGAGUGUCGACUUCCUCUAGACUUCCACAACAAUGAGAUCCUGACUGAUGUCACAGAGACCUCCUCAGUGGAUGUGCUCCUCACAAACCUCAUCAGGGGGAAGCUGCUUCCCUCUGCUCGCCUCUGGAUAACCACACGACCUGCUGCAGCCAAUCAGAUCCCUCCUGAGUGUGUUGGCAUGGUGACAGAGGUCAGAGGGUUCAAUGACCCCCAGAAGGAGGAGUACUUCAGGAAGAGGUUCAGAGAUGAGAAGCAGGCCAGCAGGAUCAUCUCUCACAUCAAGACAUCACGAAGCCUCCACAUCAUGUGUCACAUCCCAGUCUUCUGCUGGAUCACUGCUGGAGUUCUGGAGGACGUGUUGAAGACCAGAGAGGGAGGAGAGCCUCCCAAGACCCUGACUGAGAUGUACAUCCACUUCCUGGUGGUUCAGUCCAAAGUGAAGAAGGUCAAGUUCGACAGAGAAGCUGAGACGGAUCCCCACUGGAGUCCAGAGAGCAGCAAGAUGAUCAAUUCUCUGGGAAAACUGGCCUUUGAUCAGUUGCAGAAAGGCAACCUGAUCUUCUAUGAAUCUGACCUGACAGAGUGUGGCAUCGAUAUCAGAGAAGCCUCAGUGUACUCAGGAGUGUUCACUCAGAUCUUUAGAGAGGAGAGAGGACUGUACCAGGACACAGUGUUCUGCUUCGUCCAUCUGAGUGUUCAGGAGUUUCUAGCUGCUCUUCAUGUCCAUCUGACCUUCUUCAGCUCUCGUGUCAAUCUGCUGUCAGAACAAACAACCUACAAUUGGUUGAAAUCCUGUAUAUUUAAUCUUGAACCUAAACAUCUCUACCAGAGUGCUGUGGAUAAAGCCUUUCAGAGUCCUAAUGGACAUCUGGACUUGUUCCUCCGCUUCCUUCUGGGUCUUUCCAUGGAGACCAAUCAGACUUUCCUACGAGGUCUGCUGACACAGACAGGAAGUUACUCACAGACCAAUCAGGAGACAAUCCAGUACAUCAAGAAGAAGAUCAAUAAGAAUGUGUCUCCAGAGAAAAGCAUCAAUCUGUUCCACUGUCUGAAUGAACUGAAUGAUGAUUCUCUAGUGGAGGAGAUCCAAAAGUCCCUUAGAUCAGGACGUCUCCCCACAGAUGAAUUGUCUCCUGCUCAGUGGUCAGCUCUGGUCUUCAUCUUACUGUCAUCAGAAAAAGAUCUGGAGGUGUUUGAUUUGAAGAAAUACUCUGCUUCAGAGGAGGCUCUUCUGAGGCUGCUGCCAGUGAUCAAAGCCUCCAACAAAGCUCUUUUGAGUGGCUGUAACCUCUCAGAGAGAAGCUGUGAAUCUCUGUACUCAAUUCUCAGCUCCCAGUCCUCUAGUCUGAGAGAACUGGAUCUGAGUUACAACAACUUGCAAGAUUCGGGAGUGAAGCUGCUGUCUGCUGGACUGAAGAAUCCUCACUGUGACCUGGAGACUCUUAGGUUGUCAGACUGUCUAAUCACAGAGGAGGGCUGUGCGUUUCUGGCCUCUGCUCUGAGCUCUAACCCGUCCCAUCUGAGAGAUCUGGACCUGAGCUACAAUCAUCCAGGAGACUCAGGAGUGAAGCUGCUGUCUGAUGGACUGCAGGAUCCGGAUUGGAGACUGGAGACUCUCAGGGUGGAGCCUGCUGGAGUCCGAUGGAUGACACCAGGUCUGAGGAAGUAUUCCUGUGAACUCACAAUCGACACAAACACAGUAAACGAAGAACUCAAACUGUCUGACAACAACAGGAAGGUGACAUAUGUGUGGGAGGAGGUUCAGUCAUAUCCUGAUCAUCCAGACAGAUUUGACUCUGCUCCUCAGCUGCUGUGUAGAACUGGUCUGACCGGUCGCUGUUACUGGGAGGUCGAGUGGAGAGGAAGAGUUGAUGUAUCAGUGAGUUACAGAGGAAUCAGGAGGAAAGGAUUCAAUGACUGUUUGUUUGGACACAAUGAUCAGUCCUGGAGUCUGAGAUGCUCUGAUGAAGGUUACUGUGUCCGUCACAAUAAGACAGAAACAUACAUCACCUCCUCCUCCUCCUCUGGUAGAGUAGCAGUGUAUGUGGACUGUCCUGCUGGCUCUCUGUCCUUCUACAGAGUCUCCUCUGACUCACUGAUCCACCUCCACACCUUCAGCACCAAAUUCACUGAAUCUCUUUAUCCUGGGUUCAGGUUUUGGUACAAAUCUGGUUCCUCAGUGUCUCUGUGUCCUCUGUAGGACGGAGAGUCUCCUCCUGGUGGAGAACCUUCCUCUCUGCUCACCACAUAGUUCAGUGUGUACAGCUGAUGGUGGUUCAUUUCAUUUUAUGAUAAUAAAAACCAGGUGAAAAGCAAAAUAUGAAUGUAAUAUUCUUUUUAAGCAGAUUAUAACUUUAAAUCUUUCCGAAUCUGUUCAGUGAAAUAAAAUCUAAUUUCACACAAUCAGGUUUUGUUCUAAACAAAAACCUUUUUAAUGAUUCAGCAAACCUCUAAAGAUUUAAUGACAGAUGAUAUUAGGUACUUUGUCUUUAUUAAUGAUUGAAUAGUCCAACAUUGACUCCAUGUAUUACUUCA